AUGAGUGAGGUAGCUAAAACGAGAAAGCAACCUUCAAGGAAGGGCAAGAAAGCAUGGAGAAAGAAUGUGGACAUAGGUGAUUUAGAAUCAAAGCUUCAGGAAGUAAGAGAUGAGGAAAUAAUCAAGGGCCCUUUACCACAAGAUGAUUUUGUCAUUGAUGAAACACCCAACCAUACUUUGAAGGAGGACAAGGCACCAAAGAAACUCAAGACAAAGGAGAUUUUGGCCAACAAGUCUAAAGUUCCAGCCUUGGUUAAUAACCGUGCUAAGAAGAAUGACACAGUACAGGGAGUCAAGAAAACAGAUAUGUUGAGGUUGUUGAAGUUGCGUGGUGGUAAAUACAAGGAGGGAAGUAUUACUAUGGCAAGGAUUGAGAAAGAUGGCUUGGUGAAUGAUGACAGCGAAGAUCUCUGGGAUGAUGAUAGCUCUGCUAAGCAGAAAUCAAAAAUCCCCGAUUAUGGUACUUCAACUGCAGAAGUCACCAAGGCAACUGUAGUACCAUCCACAUUGCGUGUCAAUCCUAUACAAAUUGCCAAGAAUGACUUAACGGAGAAAAUUAUACACGCAGGAAAAUCAUAUAACCCAUCCUUGGAGUCGUGGAAAGAGUUGAUAAAUCAGGAAUAUGGUGUGGAGUAUAAGAGAGAGUUGACUAGGCAGUCGAUGGAGGACCACAGAUUAAAGAUACAAGAGCUUGUUGUUACUUUGAAUGAUAACAUGUUGUCAGAUGAUAGUGAUGGGGAAGAAGAACAAGAGGCUGAAACAAAUGAUGUAACUGAAAAGGAUUAUUCCUUGUCGAUAAAUGAGCCUACAAAAAUAAAGAUUAAGACAAAAACAAAGAGGAACAGAGAAGCCAAACACAAGCAGAGAGUCACAUUGGAACAGGAAAUUAAAGACUUGAAGAAACGGUUGAAGGAUCUUUCUAAUUUGGAUGAAAUUCUACAAAGACAACUAGAGGAAGAGGCUGCAGCUAAAUCAAGGACAAAGCCUUCUGAAAAACCAAGAAGUGCAAAGAGGAACAAAUUGCAUAAAUACACCCCUACUGAAACUCCAUUAGAGUUGAAAUUGUCGGAUGAAUUAACUAGUAACUUGAAAAACUUGAAACCAGAAGGAAAUCUAUUUUAUGAUCAAAUGGCAAACCUACAAUCUACCGGAAAGAUUGAAAGUAGAGUGCCUGUUCAUAAAAAGAGAAAAUACGCCAAAAAAGUCACAGAAAAGUGGACUUAUAAGGAUUUUAAAUAG